GAUUUUCUUUAUUGAUGAUGAAGUGAUUUUUUUGGAGCUAAUUUGUGUUAUAUUUCUAACUGUUAUAUUUGUACGGAUUUUCGACUUAAUUAGCGACAGAUAUCAAGUGGACAUCAAUUUGUUGGCAAUUAUGGGAAAUCUGUUUUCCCGAGUUGUCGGCAACAAUGAUACCGACGGUUCCGAUCAUAGGAUUAGUAUUCGCCGUAAAGGCAAAUCGGAUAACCCAAAUGCCACUCAAGUAAAUAUACCGGAGAUUAGGAAACACUCGUCGACGCCGUUGACCGUCGAGACGACUUCACUGACCAAACAGCAAAAGGCCGUCAAAUCAGUGCACUCGCCGUCAAAAGGCGAUCGUCUUCAACGAAGUGGUGGUGACCAUCAAAAGGUCGCUACCGAUGACAUCAAUAAAAAGAGUCCUAUUAUUAAUAAUAACAAUAAUAAAGAAAAACAAAUAUUUAAAACAACGUUUGAGACCCAAAUAGAUGCCCCUCCGCCCCAUCCAUUGGAGGAACGCCUACUGGAGACCGAGGAGAUCGAGAUAGACACCAAUCUAUAUGCACCCGAAGUAGAGGACGCAGCCAUUAAAAUACAGGCCGGACUUCGAGGAUAUUUGGCCAGAAAACAGGUCAAAGAGAUAAAAGAGUCGAUUAAUGAUUUGCCGGUUGUUCCGCCGCCCAAACAUUUUGACGAUACCGUCACCACCGCCACCACCACCAACACCACCGUUGCCGCCACGACUGAUGAUAGUCAACCAACACUGAGUCCGUUAAGCGAUUUGGCGAAGUGGAAGAAAUUGUCGCAACAUUUGGAAGAGAUUGUCGCCGACGACAAUGUGGUCGCUGACAACAAUGGCAAACAACAACAACAAGAAGAAGAAAAAACGACAACAACACCAGUGCCGUUGCCGCCACCGCCUCCGCUUCAGUUGUCGCCAAAAAAGUUAGCCGAAAGUGUGAUACCAUUGAAGGACGACAACGGCAACAAAACUAUCGAAACCUAUGUCUGCAAAGAAAACAUAUUGGAUGUCGUCGAAGAUGAUAAUAGACAACUGUCAGAUCAAACAGUGGUGACACUGUUGAAGGCCGCGGCAGACAAAGCAGUUGUCGACAAAGUGUUUGACGUUUUGAUGGCUGAAACAGAGUUUGAAAACAUUAUUGACAUUCAAUCGGCAAACGAUAGCGGAGUCGAUGUGUCCACCGAUAGACCGCCGCUGGAAGAGACUAACAAUGAACUGUACGAUUGUUUCACUCAAGAGUCGCAAGUGUUGGCAGAACUUAAUGAUAUACUCGACAACAAUGAGAGAGUGGAUCAGCAAAAAAAUUUGAACACAAGUCUUAGCAAAUCAAAAGCAGCAGAAAUUGUAUCCGAAAACACUACUCAAGAGAUCAUAAGAAAUUCGUUUCACGAGUUCAUCAAAGAGAUGACGCGAACGACCGAUGAAGAGAAGAUCCUAAUCGAUGACAAACCAUUGAUUGACACCGAAGUCAUACAACAAUUAUCUGCAGAUAACACUAAUAUUGUUGAGAAGACAACUACGACAACAACAAAGAGAACAACUGAGGAAAGGAAAACUGAUUCAACUAUUUUUGAAGAACAUGUCGUUCAGUCGAUAUUCGACGAAGAAAUGAUCAAAAGUCAGGCACAGACACAGAUAUUUGCCAUCGAGUUAUUCAAGAAUGACUUGACCGACGAACAGCUCCAGAAGGUUACUACGAUUACGGAACCGGAAGAAAAUAAGAAGAAUAUUGAGGACAGAAUCUAUAAGACUAGUGUCGACGAGUUUGUGAUAAAACCAGUGGCCGAUGAAUUGCAGUCACCGGUGAUGCCAACGACAGCAGAACUGGUUGAUCAACAAACUGAAGUCGACUCAGAGCCGGAAACAUCGCAAUCAGUGACGUUAGAAACGGAACAAAAGAUCGACGUAAUAGUCGUAAGUGAAAGCCGUAAACAUUCUGUGGAUAGUCUUCUCGGUGGUGGAGAUGGAAUCGAUGACAAUCUAGAACUACAGUCACAAGAAAUGGUGGAAAACGAAACGAUUGAAGUAAUGCCACUCAUGUCGCCUAUUAUACAGAUUGAAGAACAAAACGGUAGAAUUCUUGAUGAAGAAGAGGCUGCCAUCAGAAUACAGGCAGCCUUUCGAGGAUUUCAGAUCCGAAGAUCGAUGUCGAGGGAAGCGUCGCCCAAUCGCAACAAUAGUAAUCACAACCACAACAACACCGAUGAAGUGGAGAUCAAUAACUUUGAUGACAAUGAUAGCCAAUUAAUAUAUAAUGCUAUUCAUACAGCUAUACCAUAUCAGACAACUGAUCCAAUUAUAGUAGAUAAUAGUAAUGAUGAAUCGCAAGUGCCUGUCAGCGAUCAAUUGGAAGAAUCGUUGGAACAGCUGGAAGACCAAUUGAUGCAACAAUUAAUCUCAGACAUCGAACAAGACAAGAGUGAACCGCCGAUAAGUGUCGUCAGUCAGGAAACUACAGAUCUUUUGAUAGAUACGUCUGAACUGUCGGCACCGUUACUCUUGCAGCGUAUCCAACAAUCAAUGAUAGCCACGGAUUCGCCGUCGCCGACACCAUCACCGGAAGCUAUAGCCAUUGAGGCCCAAACACUUCCAACAGUUAAUUAUGCAGCCAUUGAAGUCAUUCAUGAUGUAAACGAUGAGAUUAUUGCCAUAGAAGACAAACAGGUGACUGAAGACAAGCCACUAAUUGAAAAGUCCGAUACUAUUAUUGCUGAUCUGUUGGCAUCUAAUGCUGAAUCAAAUCAAAAGACUGUAGACAUCAUCAAUAGUAAUGAUAGUCAACCGCAACAACCAAACCAAAAGACUGAAUUCUCUAAUGAAAUACUCGAUAUUAAUCAACAAUUGAUUGAAACUCAAGAAAAUAAAACAAUUUUAACUGAUUUACUACAGAAUGAUAACGAAUUGAUAUCAGAAUCUGUCGAACAGAUCGUCCAAAACACUGUCGAACCACUGAUUCAACUAUCUGUUGAUCAGACAAUCGAAGAACCAGUUGUCCAAAAUGUUGAGCUAUUAAUUGAACAGACAGUUGUUAAUACAGUUGAAGAACCUAUUAUCCAAACCAUUGAACAGACGGUUGAAGAACCUAUUGUUCAAAGCAUUGAACAGACUGUUGAAGAACCUGUUGUUCAAAGUAUUGAACAGACGGUUGAAGAACCUAUUGUUCAAACCAUUGAAAAGACUGUUGAAGAAUCUGUUGUCCAAACCAAUGAACAGACGGUUGAAGAAUCUGUUGUCCAAAUCACUGAACAAACAGAUGAAGAACCUAUAAUCCAAAUAAUUGAAUCAUCAUUAUCCACAACAACGACAAACUCUUCUGAAUCAUCGCAUGAAUCGCCAGCAACUGAAAAGUUGUUACCACUUACUAUAUCUAAGCCAGAAUUCGAGUCAUUCGUUGAGCCGCCGACACCAUCGGAUGAAAUAAUUUCGGUGUCGACUACACUGUCCUCGUCGUCGACAGAGUCAUCGCAUCAACAAAAUCAAGAAUCAAACAAUCCUUUGCCUGUGAGUAACAUCGAUGACAGCCGUAAACCAAAAUCAGGAUCAUUGAAGAAACCUAAACCUAUUUUGAAAGAAACUGAUCCUAAUAUUCAGUCUCUUAUUAAUGAAGAGAUGCACUCAACAUCUGAAGAGAUAUCGAGUCCAGAUGACGACAAUCCCGAGUUUGUCGGUUUGGGUCCCAAUACGCCAAUACCGGUGCGCGCCUCCAGUCCCAACCCGUUUGGCAAAAAGCGCCGGAGGGGUAAAAAGGGAGGCAAUAGAAAGUGAUUUCAAUAGAUGCCUUCAAACGACACACAAAAUUUUAUCAUAUCUUAUAACACAUUUAACUAAUUUUUUUUGAGAAAUAUUUAUGAUAAUAUAUUCAAAAAUCAAAUAUAUAUAUAUUAUCAUAGUUUAAAUCAUAUUUAAUAAUAAUUUUAAAAAAUUGUAUUUUA